AUGCCCAUCAAGGAAACCCUCGAGUGUACUGCCUCCGGCUGGCUAAGAGACUUGGAAAGCCGCUCGAUUGAGAACGUUGUGUCCAAAUGGACUGAAGACAUUCACUACGCGGUUCAUCCGGAUACGAACGGUAUCUACCCAAUGAACAGAGAAGAGUUCCGCACCAAUGACCGCGCAGCGAAUAUUUUCAAGCACUUGAAGUCGUUCAAGAUCACCAUCAAUGAAAUGUUCACCGAUGUGGAGAAGAGGACGGUGACCAUGGUACGCACCAGCAAGGGCGAAACGGCGGCUGGGUCUUACGGCACUGAUUGCCUUUUUGUUUUUACUACGACGGGAGAUGGCAAGAGGAUUCAGAAGUUGGCUGAAUGGAUUGACUUUCACAAAGGUCAAGACGCACUCAGCAAGGCUGUGCACUGA